AUGCUGCCACUGCCUCUGCGCCUCCUCCCCGGGAGGCUGAGAGGUGCCCCGCUGCUCCGCCCGGCCUCACUAAGAGGAGCCGCCGCCGGCGACGGGCCCGGGCGGGGCCCAGGAGACCCCCGAGCUGAACAGGCACACAAGGUGGUUGCAAGCUACAAACCUUCAAAGUUUGACAAAAAAAUCCUCCUGUGGACCGGUCGCUUCAAAACGGAAGAAGAAAUUCCUCUGAGGAUCCCGCCAGAGAUGCUAGACAGGGCAAGGAACAAAGCCCGUGUUAAAGCUUGUUACAUCAUGAUCGGCCUUUCAAUUGUUGCCUGUUUUGCAGUGAUUGCUUCAGCAAAAAAGGCUGCAGCACGGCACGAAUCCCUGACAAGCUGGAAUUUGGCAAAGAAGGAGAAGUGGAGGAAAGAGGCCGCACUGGCAGCGGAGUCAAAGCCAAAGUAACUUUGUGAGAUGCUUCGUGUCCUUGCAGGAGCAAAGUUAACAGUCAAGAGAGGUUAGUGAAUUUCACCACCAAAUGGACAACUUUAGCACUGCACAAACAGAAACUAACAGCAGCGAUUCUGAGAUCACACAAACUGAGGCUUUUGUUGAAGAUAGCAUACACACUUGCACCUGAUUGAAACCAGAGUGCGUUGCACAUGAUUAAAACCAAUAAUUGCAAAGAAGAUGAGGUAGAUGCCUAAGAAUGAAAAGUAAAGGGCUUGCCAAGUGCCCACAAUCUGCCCUAAAACCUUUCUUUCAGGCUUGACAUUGAGUUCUACUAAAAAGAUCAGAGUUCCUUACUGGAAAACCUAGUUGCAUUUUCUUAGUCAAAGGUUAAGUACAGCAAAGACCAAACAGUGCUGAAGCAACAAUACUGAAACUGCAAAAAUAAGGGGACAAACAAUAAAUUUUUGUAGUGCUAAGCAUGUAACAAACUAAUUGGCAAGAAUGCUUCAAAAUUUUACAUAAUGAGAGAAGGCUUGGGGAAGGAAGGCAAGGGAAGCAAAUUGGUGAUCACCAAAUUCUCUAGUCCUUAAAGACUUCACUAAGAAUUUCCCAAACGAGUGGUCAGUUCUACAUGUGAUCAUCACACAACUGCACGUUUGGUCAGAUGUUUAAAAAUCUAUUUAAAAACAAGAGGUGCUCGGCCAAAGUGCACAAACCAGCCUUUCCAAAUUCAUUUUUCUCAAUGUUGUAUUCAAAACGGCAUUCGUGCUUUCCACCCUAAGAAGCCACACUCAUUAAAACACCAAACACAGCACGCUUCUGCAAAAUAGGUUUUUAUUGGUUUCUGUAUGGUAUUUGGAGAUUUAACAUUCCCUAAAAUUGCAUACUACUCAUACGUGUUUUGUUACAGUAACUGGCCUCUGGCCUGGAUUUAAAGAUGCACUACUGCUAUCUGAAGAUAAUACAGGUAUGUUAAGUCUGUACACGUUAUAUGAAGAUCUUGUGCGGUAACUGAAAUUUCUCAUUCCAGAUUUCAGUGAAUUCUUGAGGCCACUGUUGAAAUUUUAUCAGCUGGCAGACCAAUGACAAAAAUCCUCAGUUGGACAAUUUAUUAAAUUUAAACCAACUGAGAACUAGCCACGAAAGAAAGACAAUAGUGCAUCUUUUUAUUUUACUUAUUUAUUUAUUUUUAAGACAGACCUGACAACAGAAACUUUCCAGUUGCCAACUUCUCCUACAACUUAUUUCUGGGCCAACAUUAUUACUAUUUUUUGAUUGCUGCUAGCAACAGUUUUUAAAGCAAAUACUGGAAAAUUAAAAAGCUGUAUGAACCAGUCCUCAGACAAAAGUGCAACGAUGAAAAACUUAGAUAUGAUUCAGUGUGUCAAGAGUAGGGAACUGAAAAAUAAAUUCCAUGCUUUGCAUAGUUGCAUAGAUUAGCUAGCUGGUAUUCACAUUUAAGCAAAACAAAAGGUGCCCAAUACCCAAACUCUCCAAAACUGUAUUUUGAAACAGACUUCACAACUGACGGGGCACAUCAGUAUCUCAUACAAACACCAAAAUGCUUUUUUCAGUUGUUUUUUUUUUUUUUUUUUUUUUCCCUUCAGUGGUUUCAUCUGUUUAGGCAACAUUGUUAUGCUCACAUCUCUAUGACAGGUGACUACACCAGAGCUGACUGUAAGACAUCAUCUUUUUAUACUGUUCAUUAAUGUGCUUUUAACCAAAUGUGCAAGAAAUCCAAUGAUAAAACAGGAAGGACCAUUUUUUAUGCUUACAAAGACAUAUUUUUUUGAAUGUCAGAGUAAACCAAGUGUUGAGUUCAAAUAACUGUUUCAUUAGCUAAAGCCCAUCACUUUUAUCUCCCUUUUAAGCUAUUACACUUAAAUAUAUCAGACAUGAAAUAUAUUUACCUAAAUGCAUAAAGUGCAGUCACUAACUGUUCAGACAACAUACCCACAAAACUGAAGACAUUCUUUCAAAACAAAUAUAAUACUUUGUACGCCCCCUCAUUUCAUUUUCAAGCAUUCCAAUCGAGAUUUUUAUAGUUCAGAUUUUGGUUUAAGUUAGAGAGGCUUAUAAAUGCAGUGUUUGUAAGGUCCUCCAAAUAAAAAGCAGGCACAACUGGUUACAUAACAUUAUCAAAACAAGUCUGUUAGAAAUAAUGGAAUACCCUGUUACCUGAAUUCUUUAUUUCUACACUAGAAGAACAUAGAAAUUCAGCAUUUACUAACAAUCGUAGUACAUUUCCAUGAUCACUACCUGUACUUUGAACAGAUGGUGAGAAGGUCAGCAUACGCAAACUGAAAACUGUAAGAGUAAAAAGGGCACAAAUACAAUCAUCUAAUAUUAUAUGAAAAUUUGGCAGCUGUAACUCAGAUUAUCACGCUAUUCAAAACCAUUGUAUGCUGUACAAAUCUAGGUUUAAAGUGUCAUUUGAUAAAACAUCUCAUUAUUCAGAGUUCAUAAAGUAACAGCACUCCUAUAUACACACCUCUUACACGUCUGAAUUCCAGUACAAAGACUUCAAAAAGAGACUUCAUUUCUCCCAGUUACAUCUUAGUCAAAACUGAUCAUUAAUCUUAAAAAAUCCACUUCAAGUCCCACAUUCAAUUACAAUACAAUUAUAUAUUGCUGCAACAUCAAAGCGAAACAUCUUAGAAUCCUAACUUGCACGUAAAAAAACUCUAGAUAUAAAAUGGUACUGUAGAUGAUAUCACCUUUAAUACAUAUUUUUCAGUGCAUUAAAAUAUUGUGCACAGUGCCAUGGGAUAAGUAAUUUCACGUUUGAACUGCAGCUUUUUAUGAAGUAUGAAAUGCUGUCAUAUGCCAACUCACUUAACCCAGGAGUUUGAAGAUAAUACAUUAAUUACAGAUAAAAAAAAGAAAUCAUACUUUAGUUAAUCCAAAGUAUUAGUUUAUCCAAAUGAAACAUCUACUGAUAUUCCAGAAACACUGCAUAUAUGCAAGUCCAAGCACAGCACACAUUCUUCUGUACUCAAAACUGUUAACGUGAAUAUUAGAAUUCUGUUUCUGUUAGUGUUUAAACAGCAAACACUGUGCACAGCAGAGCCUAAAUAUUUAGAAUACAGUAACUUCUAGUUAGUUUUGGUGUCCACAAACUUAACGUGUAUUUACAGUAUAACAAAUUGUCAAUUAGCUGGAAAGGAGUGAUUCUCUACUCAUUCCUCCUUGCAGUAUUUUCAUUGUCUUACAAGAGAACUGAGUUUGUUAACUUCCAGAACAACUCAAGUGGUGGUAGCAUAUUUGAUCAAAAAUGUAACACCUACUUUCUCAACCUUUAAGAAGCUACUGUUACUAGAAAGACUAACACUGCAACGUUUCCCCAACUGAAGUGCUGUUACUACAUUUUGGCAGGAGACAGCUGUAAACCAUCUGCUUUGUAUUUCCAACUGUACAAAUGACCAUCUCUGUCAUCCAUGAUUGCAGCAUUCUUGUGGUAACUACAGCAACUGCUUCCACAGCAAAGUAUUGUAUUUGUGGCUGACUUUAAAUGCCAUUUAGCAGCUUUAAUUACAGAGCAAGCACCAAGUGACCAGCAAGCCCUCUGCUGAUUCCAAUUUGAAAACUUCUGAAACAGUCUCUUCCCACAUAAUUGUGUAAAAGCUUUUUCAGGUACUCAGUAUUAUAUAUUGUGUAAUUAUCAUUAUAUAUAUG